AUGUUCCAACACCUCCUCACAGCCGUAGGCAUUCUGUCUGUCGCAACAGACGCACAAACCCAACCCCGGCGCCGAUGUGCCUACGGAGACGACUGCUGGCCGGAUACUCAAACAUGGAAUGACUUCAACGCCACCGUUGGAGGAAGACUGAUUCGCUCCGUACCCUCCGCAGCAGUGUGCCACACUGAGCGCUACAAUGCAGACAAAUGUAGCGUGGCAAAGGACAGCUGGCUGGAUAGUUUCUGGCGAACCAACCAGACAGGGGCAUAUUCUGCUACUGUAUGGGAAAUGGGACAGACUGGACAGUGUUUUAUUAAUACAUCUGCCAGUGCCCCGUGUGACCAGGGGAUAGUUCCAUACUAUAUGGUUCGUGCGACCAGCGUCGAGGAUAUUAAGGCCUCUGUGAAAUUUGCAAAUGAGAAGGACCUCUUGUUGGUAACGAAGAAUACUGGGCAUGAUCACCUCGGCCGCUCAAGCGGAAAAGGCGCAUUUGGAAUCUGGACGCAUAAUCUCAAGGGCAUUGAAUUCCAGAGUUCGUUCACACCUCAGGGCGCGCCGCCUGAUUCGAGUGGUAUACCUGCAGUAACACUACAGGCGGGUGAGCAAUGGUUUGACGUGUACCAAGCCGCCGCGAAACAAGGUGUGCUGGUCGUUGGUGGUUCGGCGCGCACUGUUGGAGCUGCUGGAGGAUAUGUCCUUGGAGGUGGCCAUUCCCCCUUUGCGCAUUAUUAUGGUCUUGCAGCGGAUAAUCCGGAUUACUUCUGGGCUGUUCGAGGUGGAGGUGGAAGCGCUUGGGGUGUCGUCACAUCGGUCACCUACAAGACUCAUCCAGUCCCACAGAAUCUCACGAUGGGAUUAGUCCAAUUAAACGCAACGAGCGAAUCCAGCUUCAAACGCGUCAUAACAGAAUCUGUUAAGCUGCUACCGGCUGUCACAGAAGCAGGCUACACAGGAUAUGGGACGAUAGAAAAUGGUUUCGCUGCCAUCUUUCUUAAACCUAACAGCACAAUCGCUGAUUUCAACCAAACUUUUGCUCCAUUCUUUAAUCUGUCUCGGGUUCCAGGGAUCCAAGGAGUUGUCGCCGCGUAUCCAUCGACAUGGGACGGAUACUUACAAAACGUCCUUCAAGACCCUAACAUCGGAUCUAAUAUUCAGGACACAUCCCGGUUGUUGACACUCAAGGUGAUGCAAGAGAAGGCGGACGACCUAGCAGAGUUCAUAGUUGAUAACAAGCAAGGGGCAGGGUUCAAUUUCAGUAAGUCACUAGGUGCUCCAAAGACUGUUAUUCGUCGUUCUCAUUCCUCGAUUUUUGUUCUAGUUGGUAAGGUCAACAACGAUGAGCGCGAUAAUACGGCCGUCCAUGACGUCUGGAAGCACAGCCAUGGUCUUCUGAGCGUGUCUGUGGAUUGGGCAGAUACCGCUGCAGACAGAGAAAAAGAGGCAAAGCGGCAGCAGACUGUGCGGUUGAGCAAACGACUUACAGAAAUCGUCGGCUCAGGGGGAGGGACAUACGUGAAUGAAGCCAAUCCGUACGAACCCGACUGGCAAAAUGUGUUCUGGGGAAAGAAGUACGACAGGCUGCUGGCAGUUAAACAACGAGUAGAUCCCACAACGUUGUUUGUAUGCAACCGUUGUGUGGGAACUGAUAUUGUGAUCCAGCCUUAA